AUGAUCCGCCUUGAGCUCGCUUGCAUCCUUUUUGAUCUCGUGACGGGUGAUAUCGAGUCUAGCACCACGACCUGCGUUGCGAGCCUUGAUUGCCUCAUCAUAGGAAGUUGGAUGAAGAUGAACAAUCGCUCCGCUACCUUUGAGCUCAUUGGCGGUAAAAGCGCUCUAUUUGUGAUCGAUUUGAAUCAAGGAUCGUAUCAAAAUGGCGUCAUUGCCAUCGAUGCUACGGCUCAGCUGAAUGGAAGCGAAGGAUUUGCUUCACUACGUGAUGCUUAUAUCAUGCUUCCAUACAACGUAUCGAUGCGGAACGGUGAUACUGCCCAUACAGCUGCGGCCAAUCGUUUCUGCGCGACUCUGAAAUGUGGUAAUUGGAAUGUUAUUGAUUCGAUGAGUUUGGAGCUCAACGCGGGAUUAGCAAAAUCUGCGAGAUUGCUGGAUCCAACUUACCAACAGCGCCCAGACACCGACUAA